GCAGAACGCGGAGUUGCGGAGCCAGGACGCGACCAUCAAGUUCGAGAUGAAGAUGAUGAGGGGGGAGAUGUACCAUUGCGAGCGCCUGUCGGCCCAAGUCCUCCUCAGCCGUAAGUUCUACGAGGGCAUGGGCAUCGUGACCAAUUGGCCCGCCGCCAGCUUGAGCCUCGUAGACCCUCGGGUGGUCGAGAACGACGUGCAGGCGGAGAAGCUCGGGGCGCUGGUGAGCUCCCUGGUGCUGGAGCACUGCAAGCGGAACAUGACGUUCUCGCACGGGUACCCGCGGCGCCAGGUGCUCCUGCUGAGCCCGUCCACCGCGGCGUCUUUCUUGACAGAGCUGAGGCGCGAUUACACCCUGUUCACAGAUUUGCAGAAGUGCGUCUUCGACGGCGCGGCCAUCAUGGUCGGCAGGAGUCUCUUCCAGAAGGUCUGCACCCAGCAGUUGUUGAGGUGCGUUGCGCAGGAGGGCUGGGCAGCGACGCCGAGGCUCCAGGAGCACGUCAAGAGGGCGGCGUCGCGCCUCAUCGCGUCUCAGAUCGUCGAGGACAUCUUCAACAAGUCGAAGCGGCGCGUCGACCUGCAGCCCAACACGCUGUCGGCUCCAAUGUCGACAAUGGCCGUGGCGAUCGACAGCGCCACCAUCGAGAAAACGCACCACUUCGAGAAGUUGGACGCGUCGGGCAUCAUCCCGACCAGGGCGGCCUGCUUGGAGCCGAGCGCUUUCAAGCCGAGGGUCCAGCGGAAGUACAUGUGCCCAGAGACGGAGGCCCUGGGGUUGCACAAAGUGUCCACCUACGAGGAUGCCCAGUGGUUUUCGCCUCGCGCCGACGGCGCGUCCCAGCCGUAUACCGACAUCGAAGUGCUCCGCCAGAGCCACGCGUGCGGCUCGAUGCACCUGUUGGAUCGGAAGUGGCUGUGCAAGCUCGUGAGGGCGGGGGCCCUCGUGAAGCAGAAGGACGCGGCGGACUGGUUCCUCAGCAUGGGCACCAUCGACGACUCGCUGGCGGUGCUGUGGCCGCUGACGGCGGACGGGGAUGGCACGCUGAGGGUGAACACCGCCAUGCACCGCGAGUUCAAGGUCAUCUUGAAGCCAGAGGAUUGGACUGCCGCGAAGGCAGAGUGGGCGUCUCCGCUCCAGAUCGCGGUGCGCCGUGAGCUCGCCAAGUUCGAGGGCCCCGGCCUUCCCACCCGCGUCGUCGACGUUCAGGCUGGCCACGCGUGCGGGGAGCUCAGCCUUGGCAUCGUCAAGAGCGGCCCUGGGAUGCCGCUCCUCGUCUUCGCGUGCUCGCAGGGCUUCUGGGAUUUACCCAUUUCGUUCCUCAAGGCGCUCUGUGAUUUGAACGAUUGGGCUUACACGAGUACGUCUGUGUGUUCAUUGCUGCAGGUUUGUUGCGAUAAGAUCUUGCCUGGCAACAACAAUGAGUUGAUGGGCGCCGCCUUCCUCGCCCGCGUGGGCCACUGCGACCGCGAGGAGGGCCUUGCCGAGAUCAUCUCGCUGGAGUGGAUCACCGACCUCUUCGACCACACCGUCAGCGAGGAAGUUCGCACCGAGGCGACGGCGGCGAAGGCUAAGAAGGCCAUGCGGACGGAGUUCAUGGGCGAUUACUCUCUGUGGAAG